AUGAAUAAUCAACUCGAAAAUUUUUUUUCAAUGCGGGUCGUGUAUCUGUGGCAAGUUGACUGUUUUUUUUUUCGGGCUUGCUUUAUCAGUGGCAGUUUUAGUAGAGAGACACUUUUGAAUGUACCAUCAUUUGAUUUCACCAACAGGAAUAAGGGACAGUCCACAUACCAACUACUCACACACAUACAUACAUACAUACAAAUGAGUAUACAUGCACAAAGGAAUGGAUCAUCAGCUCAAUUUAAUGGUGUUAAUCAACGUCCAACAGCUAAACGAUCACCGUCAAUUUUAGUCACUGAUGCUCGUAGCGAUAAAGUUAAAGGAGCACGAGCUCCAUUUGCUGGUCAAAAUUAUAAGAAACAACAACAGCUAGAACAACAGAGACAACAACAACAACAACAACAGAAUCAUCGUGGGAAUUAUAAUUUUCAACAACUGCAACAUCUUAAUGCUCUUCAACAACGAUUUAAAAAUAAAUUUACUGAUAUAUCAGUUGAUAAAUUGUUGAGCAAUUCAAGUGAUAUUCCUUCAGGUCAAUUACGAUUUCGUCAUCCUCCUAAUUUCAAUCGUCAACGAUAUGGAAGUACGGGUUCAUCAUCAUCAUCACCACCACCACCUCCUAUAAGGAGUCCAUAUAGUCAACAAGAUCAUCGAAGAAAUAUCCGAAGUAUUCCAAAACUUUCUCUGUCAUUACCUUCAAGAACAUCUAAAACUAGUCAAAAACUUGUAUUGAUUCCAGAAGAACAACGACAUGGAUCUCCACCAUUAACAAGUUCAAUUUCAACAUCAAAGGCUACACAAGAAACAAAUGUUAAUGCAGAAUUACAAGCUCAAAUGACAAGAUCAAGAGCUGAAUUAAUGCCAAAGGAAAAAAGAGCUGAAGAAUUUAGUAGAAUGACGGCUUAUUUCAUUUGUGAAGAAUUCAAUUUAUCAGAAGUUGCUAAAUUUUUGCGUAAAAAUCAUGAAGUUAAACCAAGAUUAUAUGAUGAAGCUUUAUAUGUACCUUAUGCCUUACCUUUAUUACCGGGGAAUGAAGGAGUUCGUGUUAAAUCAAAUAAUACUGCUAAAUUAUUGGCUAAGAAUAAAUAUAUGGAGAAUAUGAUUAAUAAAAAUGAACAAACUACACAUUUAUAUGAAUAUUAUUCUGGUUUUGAAACUCCUGAAGAUGCAAACAAUUAUUCCAUGGAUCCAGAGUUUGAAAAUGUUGAUGGAAAUACUCCAUUUGAACCUUCAGAACCACAAUUUUUUGCUCCACCUGAGGAUGAAGAAGAAGUAGUUGAAGAAAUUGAUCAAAAUCAACUGAGUGUUGCUAGCAACAAGAGGAAUGAUAAAGGAUCAGGAAACAAUGCCAAAUCAAAAGCCACAACUACCACUACGACUAACACCACAUCCACCAAUACAAAUACUACUACUACAACAACAACAUCGACGUCCUCCUCCUCCUCCUCAUCAUCAUCAUCGAUUCAUAGUCAAAGUGAUGUAUCUAAACAUCAUGCGGAAAUGUUUGUAUUUGAUUUUGGAGUGGUUGUAUUUUGGAAUUUUUCUGAAAUCCAUGAAAAGAAUAUUCUUGCAGAUUUAGCAUUUAGUGAUGAAUCAUUAUUGAUUAAUCCAAUAGAUGAACAAGAUAUUGAAACAGAAGAAUUUCAUUAUGAAUAUGAUCGACAAUUAUUACGACCAAGAAUUUAUAAUGAUAUGAUUACUUUACGUUCAGCUGAUCAUUUAAUUAAACUUACCAUGUCUUAUGCAAUUGCACAACUGACGAAAUUAGAAUUAUUUGAAAGUCGAAUGGUUAAUGUUUUACAUCUGAUUAGUAAAUUACCUAAAAAAUUGGCCCUUACUGGAUCACUUGGAUUGAAACAACAUCAAGUUAUGAAAAAAUCUGGUAAAUUAUUUAAAUUACGUGUUGAUGUAAAUUUAUCUGGUUCUAUUUUAGAUACUCCUGGAUUUUUUUGGAGUUCAGAACCUGCUUUACAUCCAUUAUAUAAUGCAGUUAGGGAAUAUUUGGAAAUUGAUCAAAGAGUUCAAGUUUUAAAUAAUCGAUGUAAAGUAUUUUUGGAAUUUAUUGAUAUUAUUCAUGAUAGUUUAAAUGAAAAGAAUACUAAUAGAAUAACAUGGAUGAUUAUUGUUAUAAUUUUCUUAAGUUUAUUCGUUAGUUUAUUUGAAUUAUUCCUUGGUUCAUCUAAAUUAGUUACAUAA